UUCCGUUCACGUGGUCUACAUUUCCCGCCGUUUUGGAAAGUACUUUGUUGAUACUGAGAAAGUUAGAAAGUCUUGGAAAUGGCACCCAGAGAUUAUGCUGCUGAAAAAGACAAAAUAUCAACAUUCCUCAAGGAGUUCUAUCAAGAUGGCGACAAGAGAGGAAAGGAUUUUGUGUAUGCACAGCAGUUGGUGAAACUUGCCCACAGGGAGGAGGUCAGUCUGGAGAUUGACCUUGAACAUGUCCGCGAGUAUGAGCCUGACCUGGCCGAUGCCAUCGUUGAAAACGCACGUCGCUAUGGCAACCUGUUUGCUGAUGCGGUCCAGGAAUUACUGCCUGUGUACAAAGAAAGAGAUAUUGUGAACAAGGACACGCUGGAUGUUUACAUCGAACACCGGAUGUUAAUGGAGCAGCGGAGUCAUCCCGACGGCCAGGAGGUCACUCGAGACCCCAUGAACAAAUACCCCCCAGAGCUGAUGAGGAGAUUCGAGGUGUACUUCAAGGCGCAGGGAGAUCAGAAGCAUUCCGCAAUCCGAGAGGUCAAGGCCGAACACAUCGGCAAGCUGGUGUGUGUGAAGGGCAUCGUGACCCGGGCGACGGAGGUUAAACCUAUGAUGACGGUCGCCACUUACACCUGCGACACAUGCGGCAAUGAGACAUACCAGCCAAUCAACUCGCCGUCGUUCAUGCCGCUGCUGAUGUGCCCCAGCCAGGACUGCACAGUGAACCGGUCUGGUGGGAGGCUCUACCUACAGACUCGCGGAUCUAAGUUCGCCAAGUUUCAGGAAAUCAAGAUCCAAGAGCAUAGUGACCAAGUUCCGGUGGGCAACAUUCCAAGGAGUAUGACCAUCUUCUGUCGGGGAGAGACAACCCGCCUGGCCCAGCCUGGAGACCAUGUCAGUGUCACUGGUAUAUUUUUGCCCAUGGUGAAGACUGGCUUCGGACAAGUGCAGCAGGGUCUACUGUCUGAGACGUACAUGGAGACACACCGGAUUAUCAAGAUGAACAAGACAGAGGAUGAUGAGCUGGAUGCACAGGAGCUGAGCGAGGAAGAGCUGAAGCAGCUCGCAGAGGAUGACUUCUAUGACAAGCUGGCCAGCAGCAUCGCUACCGAGAUCUACGGACACGAGGAUGUAAAGAAGGCUUUGCUGCUGCUACUGGUGGAAGUGGACCAGUCUCCCAAGGGGAUGAAGAUUAGAGGGAACAUCAACAUCUGCCUGAUGGGCGACCCCGGUGUGGCCAAGUCACAGCUAUUAUCCUACAUCGACAGACUUGCACCUAGAAGUCAGUACACGACAGGACGAGGCUCGUCCGGUGUUGGUCUGACGGCAGCAGUGAUGAAGGACCCCCUGACCGGGGAGAUGACACUGGAGGGCGGGGCACUUGUCCUGGCUGACCAGGGUGUGUGCUGUAUUGAUGAGUUUGACAAGAUGAUGGAUGGCGACAGAACAGCCAUCCACGAGGUCAUGGAACAGCAGACCAUCUCGAUCGCCAAGGCAGGGAUCAUGACGAGUCUGAAUGCCCGUGUGUCAAUACUGGCAGCAGCCAACCCUGCCUACGGCCGAUACAACCCCAAGAAGACAGUGGAGCAGAAUAUCCAGCUCCCAGCCGCUCUGCUGUCCAGAUUCGACCUGCUCUGGCUGAUCCAGGACAAGGCUGACCGAGAAAACGAUCUCAGAUUGGCCCAGCACAUCACAUACGUCCACCAGCACAACGUGCACCCUCCGUGUCAGUUCACACCCCUGGACAUGAAGCUGAUGAGACGGUACAUCGCUCUCUGCAAGAAGAAGAACCCUGCCGUGCCCGAGGGUCUGGCGGAGUUCAUCACCGGCGCCUACGUGGAGAUGAGGAAGGAGGCUCGCAACAACAAGGACAUGACCUUCACCAGCGCCAGGACCCUCCUCGCCAUUCUCCGCCUCUCAACGGCUCUGGCACGUCUCCGACUGGCAGACACGGUGGAAAAGGAGGAUGUGAACGAGGCGAUGCGGUUGAUGGAGAUGUGCCGGGACUCCCUGAACCCACACCACGACAUGCACACCAGGGUACAAAACGUGACUGACCAGAUCUUCGCUGUGAUCCGUGAGAUGGCCCCAGCCAAGGGCGUGAAGUCCGUGAAAGUGAGUGACAUCCUGGAGCAGUGUACAUCUAAGGGAUUCAAACCUGACCAGGUGGACGCCUGCAUCGACGAGUAUGAGGAACUGAACGUGUGGCAGGUGAACAAUGCCAGGUCGAGACUGACCUUUGUGUAGAACCAGCGAGUGAUGGACGGAAACACCUGCAGUUAACAUAGGUCUGUUAUAAUCAAGUCGCUAGUGAGGAACACCCAGGUAACUUCAUGGACAUCUGAACAAAGAUUCAUCACUACCAUCUAGGAAAUAUAACAUGGACAUAACGACAUCCUCUAGCACAGGGAUGUAGAGAACAUAUAGUUUAUUCGUCAGUCUCCUGCACAGUUUUAUAAUGUUUCAGCUGUUUUAAUGUAACUUAAGACUGUAUUUUAAGAGUAGUCUGGAUGGGUGCUCCGUGUCGAGUGCUGUGUACAUAGUAUCAUCUCACUGUAUAUAUCUCCAUAUUGUCGUCACGAAACAACUCCAGUAAGUGGAGACUGGUUUUGAACUUGUAAAAUUUUGUAAAUUCAUUCUGUCUGAAAUAAAUUCAUUUCAUUUCA